AUGAGCUCAUAUGCAGAUAUCUGCAGCUCCAAGCAAGCGCAGAGCGGCACGGAGGGAAGUUAUCAACGCUAUGGAGUUCGAUCCUAUCUGCAUCAAUUUUAUGAGGACUGCACAGCUUCAAUUUGGGAGCAUGAGGAGGAUUUUCAGAUCCAGAGGUCACCGAGCAGGUGGAGCUCUGCAUUCUGGAAGGUCGGACUCAUCUCUGGGGUGGUUUUUAUGCUGAUCGGGUUAACAGUUCUUGUAGUAGGUUUUCUUGUGCCACCGAAAAUCGAAGCCCUUGAGGAAGAUGAUUUUGUUGUUGUGGAUAACCAUGCCAUUCAGUUUAACGGAGCCCUUGAUAUAUGUAAGCUGGCAGGAGCGAUCUUAUUUUGUAUUGGCGGGACCACAAUGGCAGCAUGCCUGUUGAUGUCUGCUUUUGCUAAAAGCUACUCAAAAGAAGAAAAGUACCUUCAGCAAAGGUUUAAAGAGAGAAUAGCAGACAUAAAAGCCCAUGCACACCCAGUCACAAAAGCACCAGCACCAGGAGAAUCGAAGAUACCUGUCACUUUGUCCGAAGUUCAAAACGUCCAACCUUUAUCAGAAACCUGA